AUCACUGAAAGGAGUUCAGCGUUCACCAACGGAUCAAAUGGCGACUAGUUUUGGAUUUGCUCUCUCUGUGACAGUUCUGAUUGCUUUAGCAACAUCCAGCCCUAUACCAGCGCAAGUUUCUCAACUACUUUCUGAACAAGAUGUAUUGGAAUCACCAAGGCCUUAUGAAUUUGGAUACGAAUUUGGAGAUGGAAAUGGUAUGACACAACAUCGACGCGAAUCAGCUGACGGAAACGGACUAGUGCAAGGUAGUUAUGGGUACAUUGACCAGAAUGGCGUUUACAGGAAUGUGGAAUACAAAGCUGAUUCUGAAGGAUACAGGGCUAUCGUGAGAAGUAAUGAACCUGGACUUUCUAAUCAAAAUGCUGCGGAUGCUACUUUUAUUGUCGAAUCCCCACCACCCGGAAUCAUUGCUCAAGCAAAUUUAGCUGGAAUUCCUGCUGAAAGUAUAGUAACAGUGGUAAAAAAAUAACACCACUUCUGUGUAUUUCUUUAUAUUUACUUUAAGAUAAUUGCUCUGAAUGUUGAUGUAUACAUGCCAAUAGUUCUUCCAAGUUCUCAUUUAGCUAAAAUGUAAGAAUAUAAGAUAAAAUAGAGUCUGUUUUUCCUGUUC